AAAUCUCAGUUUCCCGUUGAUCGCCAAAGUGUUCAAUGUCAAUCGAACUGAUUUUGGUGACAUAUCUCUUCAUUUUCUCCUAUUUCUACGCGGAUUAUUUGGUGAAUUUCCCGUUUCUUCACCAACGCUAGCUGAGCAAGAUAUGGUAUACCCUCAUACAUAUAGAACUGAACAUAGUGAGACCAUAACAACCAACGCAGUAUAUGGUGAAUAUUAUGCGGCCAAAACGAGUAAAAAAAUCAAUAUCGAGCCCGAUCUAUUGCUAAUUCUUCAAUAUGUCGACUCCAAUCGGCUUCAAUUCUUGGACGAUUUGGCGGAAAUUGUAAAAUUCAAGUCAGUUUCCGGUAAACUGCAAUACAGGGAUGAUGUAGAUCGCAUGAUCAGCUUUACGGAAGAAUGGCUUAAGAAGCUGCAGAUGAAAUACGAAUGCUUCAAUAUCGGCCAUUACUUGCUGGAUGGGAAGAAAGUUCCGAUCCCUUCAGUCAUUCUGGCCUCUCUGGGAAAUUGCAUCGACAAGAAAACAGUCUGUGUCUAUUUGCAUCUGGACGUCCCUGAACCGGACUUGGCCGAUUGGACCACAAAUCCUUGGACCUUGACCAAUAAGAACAACGUGUUCUUCGGAAAUGGGACCGCUUGUGGAAAAGGUCCACUGAUGAUGUGGUUUCACGUGAUCCAGGCUUUCCAGAAGUCAGACAUGCCCUUGCCAGUCAACGUCAAGUUCAUUAUUGAGUUUAUGAACCAUGAAAACAGCUUAGGGCUGUCUGCUUUCCUGCCCACCAGAGUGCAAGACUUUUUUGCUGGUAUUUACAACGUGAUUUUAUGUGAGUCUGAGUGGAUUGGCGGCAAGCAUCCCUGCUUGAUCUAUGGAUGUGUGGGCAUGAUUCAUUUUGAAAUUGCCAUUACUCAAUCUGAGGACUCUAAAGUUGAUAUUAAGGAAGACAUGAAAGCAAUUGUAAAUUCCUUGGUGGACGACAAAGAACAGAUUCUAAUUAAACACUUUGGAGAGUACGUGGAGCAGAUCACUCCCGAUGAGGAGAAAGUCUACGAAAACAUCAAGGACUUCGAUGCGGAUGAAAUCAGAGAUUCCUUGCCUGAUUUUAAAAAGCCCUGGGAUCAAGUGAAACUGUUGAUGAGCUUCUGGCGGCUGCCCAGCAUCCACGUUCACGAAAACCUCGAAUGCGUGUGUGAUAAAAAGGACUUUUCCAAGAUCAAAAAAGUCGUAACCCUCAAACUAGUGCCUAGGCAGGUCGUGGACAAAGUGGAAAAGCUCGUAAAGGCUCAUGUUAAAAGUGUGGUGAAAGAGAACAACAUUAAAAACACAGUUACUUGUGAGACGCUCGACUCCAAAAGACCAUGGUUUGAGAACUUCAGGCUGCCGUGCUACAAUGCAGCUCGAAGAGCUGUGAUUCAGAUUUAUAAAGAAGAUCCGAAUAUGAUCAGAGAGUCUAGAGCUAGAAAAGCGGUGACUGUUCUAGAUCGGGUGCUCGAAAAGAACAUUGUAAUGUUGCCUUUGGCCUGUCGUGGUUCAAAUCCUGGUGAGGCCAACGAAAACAUCUCCAGUCGGAAUUAUUACGAAGGAACCAAAGUUAUUGCUGCUUACAUGUUUCAAACGUCGUACAUAAAGGAUGCUGCUGUGUAGAGUAUUUUGAAAAUGUUGGGUUAAUUUCGAGAGAUUUUCCCAUGUUAGUACUGCAUUUCUACCCUUGUAGGUGUGUGAGAGUAAAAUUUUGAGCGUUGAGCUUGUUAUGCAGGUAACAUCUUCGAGAGUUUUUAUUCUUAAAUUCUUCACAUUACAUUCGUGUAUCCGACUUUUUGUGUUUUUUGACUAUACUUUCAUUCUUCAUGACCAAA